ACAUGAAUGUUUAUCAAACUGAAUAAUAAUUCAAGUUUCAAUGUUAACUUAUAAACUGCAUGUUUGAUCAUAAUUCUGGUUUCUGAACAUUGUUCAUACAAUUUGGCUUGAUUAGAGGACAUCUCGAGGGAGCAUUGCUGUGCACUUAAGGUAUUAAUUGACUCAAGAUGUCUUACAAUAUUUUGAGUUGUUGACAAUCGAGAGCGCUAUAUAGAGGAUUGUUUAUUACUUCAUGGACUGAAGGUCAAAUACUUAAGUGUCUCAAAAUAAGGUAGUCAGUAUUAAGUUUGGAUUAUGGAAUCCGUACGCGAUUUUCUGCUGGACAACCGGAUGUACCUUUUAACAGGAGCUGCCAUUUGUGGUUCCGCUUUGCUAGUGUACAAGAAAAUAAAGAACAUAGGACACAAACCAAGGGUAUGCGGAUUGGACUACCCACGUGACAUAGUCGUCCUACAUUCCAUACCACGUGAUCGUCUCACACCAAACCUUGGCCAUUUCUCGUUGAAACUGGAGACAUAUCUUAGAGUCAAUGAUAUACCUUAUCAGUUUGUUGAACACCUACUUCUUCAAGGACCAAAGGGGAAGGUUCCCUGGAUCGAACACAACGGCGUGACGAUGGGAGACUCGCAGUUAAUAAUACAGUACUUAGAGAAAGAGUUCAAGGUGAAUCUGAAUUCCCAUUUGUCUCCAAAGGAAAGGGCUCUAGCCUGGGCCAUACAGAAAUGGCUGGAGGAAUUCACAUAUUGGUUGAACGUUUAUACACGAAUGGGGAUUUUCGUUGACGAUAUGAUUAAAAUGCAAUCAACUUUCCCCGUUUGGCUGAAAAUACCAUUUGGCAGGAAGAUGCGCUCAAUGUCGUAUGCUGUUGGAAUAGGUCGCCAUUCAAACGAAGAAGUUCACGCCAUGAUGGUCAACGAUUUAAAGCAGUUUUCGGCAAUUCUAGGCGAUCAAAAGUACGUUAUGGGAGACCGGAUAUGCGAUGUUGAUUGCGCAGCCUUCGGUAUCUUGUCCCAGGUCCGCUGGUGCACGCCGACAGCCUGCCCGGGAGCUGCAAUGCUACAAGGUGGUGAAUUUAAGAAUGUCACGGACUACAUAGACAGGAUAAAGGACGACUUUUGGACAGACUGGGAAGAAAUAACAAGUCAGGCGGCAGCUAAAGCUUAACCAUGAUGGAUCUAUACAGACCUUCAACUGAUUUGCCUACUUGUCAUAACACUGAGGGCAAAUAAGGAAUCUAGAACAAGAGUCGCAUUCAUCAAUUAAUAUUGGAGAUUUUUUUAAACUUUGUUAAAAACAACAGCACAUGUUAUAUUCUUUCUUCAGUGAAAUUUCAUUGCGUCUUUAAGUAUGAUAUAUUGACAAUAUAAGCACUUCACAUUUAACAAUGUCUUCUACAAUUUUGUAAUCUUAGACACAAACUGACGACGGAGACAAACAUCCGCACAAUGAGCAUUUGCAAUAAAUAGGUAAAAAGCGGCUCCAGUGAGCCCUCUAUCCAUAAUUGCAAAACGCGGCGCCAGUGUGUUGUGUGUCUUAAAUCCAUCAUAGCAGAACACGGCGGCAGUAUGCCCUCUGUCCAUAAUUGCAGAACACGGCAAUUUCAGUGUGAAGAACUCCAUAAUGUUAAUUCCGUUGCCAGUGUGCAUUCUCUCCAUAAUGACAAAACACGGUGCCAGUGUAGUCUCUGUCUAUAAUGGCAAACACGGUAAAACUGACCCCUGUGUCAUACCCGUUCGUUAUCAAUACGUCUUACGUCUGUUCCGUAUCACAAUAUUUCGAUGAUAUUACAUACCCCUAAUAUAAUUAUUAACUUUGAUUUUAUACAGAUUGUAUUCCACAAAUCUUAUAAAAGUUAUGGUAGGUUGCAGCCUCUCUCAUGAAUAAGAUGCAAAGAAAUAGUUUUUUUCAGCCAACUAAUUAACACACUUAUUAUCUAUAUACGGAUAUCAUGCUUUCUGUCUGAUAUUUGUAUUGCUGAACUCUGCUAUCAAAGGACUGUGUCGUAGAAAAGCAAGAUUUGUCUUCUUAAUUGCAUUGCUCUCUGUUUGCUAUUUAUUGCCGGAUAAAUACGUUUAAAAAUUAUAAUCGGAAGCUUAUGAUUUAUCAUUACAUUUACAUGUCCCUUUACGCCACAACACACCACACAAAGGGUGCUGCAAUGUUUUUUUUUCAUUCAAAGGAGAAAAUGACGUCAUAUUUCCGUUCAGGGCAAACCCUCUAUUCGACAAAGUCCUUCUUGCCGCGUUUGUUACUGCUGUUUACAUUUGGUGACCUUCGAACUUUUCUGUACUUCAUGUAUUGCCGUUUAAACACUUUAAAUCAAUUAUACCAACAUAAUCAUUGUUUAUAAGCAAGACGUAUAUGCACGAAGCCAUACUGAUUAUUAUGGCUAAAGUCCAUGUACUACAGAUGUAUAUUUGUACUCUUAAUUAAGUAAGAAUUGUGCGAUGAUUAAGAGGUUUAGUUACAUUAAUGAGGAGACAAAGAGAUAGUCCAAGCAUAUUGAAAAUGCAAGAUAUAUACUGAAUAAAGUUCAGAAAAUUGCCGAACACAAUAGCUAUUUCAUAUUGCGAUAAUUUAUGGAUAAACUUUUUCAUGGCGGAUUUAUUUCUGUCUGUUUGUUUGUCCUCUCCCAGUUCUUCCAAAAAAUGUUUGAGCUUUUGUUUUGAACAUGUCGUUCAUAAAGUUCUCCAAAUCGUUUGUAUCAUAAAACGAUCGUGAUUUUGAGGAAUCAAAGACGUCACGAAAAACAAAGUCUGCAUCCUUACCAGUCCCUAGCACUUCGCCUUUCAGGCUCCAACUUCCAUUACCAGUUGAUUUAUUAAACAGAUCCGAUUCCAAAACAGCAAGAUUUUCCAUUCUAGCCCUGUUAAGCACAGUGUAAGUUCCGUAAUCUUGGAAAUUCAACUCAGGGUAUAUCGGUACAAAUAUGUGAAAAAGUCCUGUAAGCAUAUCGGAUAUAGAUAAGCUCAGUGUCAUUGUAAGAAGUGCAUUGCAAUCUUUAAGACGUAACAAAAUGAGAAGAACACCAGCAUUUAGUAUAAACCCUAAUCCUUUCAUAGUCAUGCAGCGGUUCCUCCAAAGAACCUGUUGUCGCAUUGCGUUUUAUAUCAAACUUAAUAAAUGUUAAAAGUAUUGUGUCUAUUUUUGUAGCAUAAUAUCGGCGUACAAACAACAAUAACGUUUUUGUAAACACCUCAAUCAACGAACUCC